AUGGAUGAUGGUUCCGGCAAGAUGCUGCGGAGCUGUCACUUAGAAAGAUGCCGCCCAGAACCCACGACCGUGUUCACGCCGAACUUGCCGGGCCAGGAGGAGAACAAAGAGGAUCCUCCAGCAAAGUUGCCCUUUGCGCCGAAGGCUUGCGUCCGUAUCAAGGGCUUGCAGGCGCGGCCGGAGAUGAACGGCCUGAAAGGAGUGCUUAUUGAGUGGGAUGCUCUGGAGGAACGCUGGCAGGUGCAGCUCUACGGCCCAGAGGCUGCGGCACAGGAGCUGCAGGGAGUGCACAAGAAUGUCAGGGAGGACAACCUUGAGCUUAUCGAGGGAGGCGAUGCUUCAGAGUCACAGAGCUCGGCAGAGCCCUUUGCCAAAGCGAAGGGCGAGCUGGCGCUCGGGUGCCGUGUGGUGGUGCGGCAGCUGCAGAAGCGGCCGGAACUCAACGGGAGGAGUGGGGAGAUCGUGGGCUGGGACCCGCAGGAGGAGCGGUGGCAGGUAGCGCUGGAUGAUGGAGCAGGCUUGCUUCUGAAGACCAGCAACCUGGAGCUCUGUGACACUGACGCCGUGAAGUCUGGACUUGCCGCAGGCGCACGUGUGCAGGUCAAAGGUCUGCAGGUACGACCAGAGCUGAAUGGGCUUCGGGGCAAAGUUGUGGAGUGGGACGAGGCUGAGGGCCGAUGGAAGGUGCUCAUGGAUGACGGCUCCGGCAAGAUGCUGAAAAGUGUGAACCUCGAGGUGUCAGGAGCGGAUGAGGCCGCCGCAACGCCCCAGCUCAAGCCGGGUGGCCGGGUACGGGUGGCGGGCCUGCAGGCGCGACCCGAGCUGAACGGCCUGUGCGGCACGCUGCUGGAGUGGGACACGCAAGAGGAACGCUGGAAGGUGCGCUUAGAUGAGGGCAGUGGCAAGAUGCUGCGUGAGGCCAACCUCGAGCCUCUGCAAGACAGCGAGCUUGCUCGCAUGAGCGCGCCAAGGAUUCUGCUCAGCGCUGGCAGCCGUGUACGGGUGCACAGCUUGCAGACACAGCCCUUGCUGAACGGCUGCUUGGGCACAGUGGUGGAGUGGGACGCCCAGCAGGAGCGCUGGAAGGUGCACAUGGAGGAUGGCUCGGAUAAGCUCUUCCGGCCUGCCAACAUUGAGCCACUAGGUGACGUCGGGCAGGCUCCACCUAGCCCACCGCGAGCUGCCCAAAUGCCUUUUGCCCCAGCCCCGGCGCCAGCAGCCCCACCAGCCCCAGCACCGGCAGCCCCGGCACCGGCAGCCCCGGCACCAGCAGCCCCAGCACCGGCAGCCCCAGCGCCGGAAGCCCCAGUGCCAGCGGCCCCAGCCCCAGCAGCCCCAGCAGCCCCAGCAGCCCCAGCAGCCCCAGCAGCCCCAGCAUCGCCAGCGCCAGCAACUUCAGUGUCAGCAGCCUCAGCAGAAGCUGCUUUCCAAGAACCUGUGCCAGGCUUCACUCCUUUUGCUCCUGGGAGGUUGGAGAAGGGCUGCCGAGUGAAGGUCGUAGACCUCAAAGCCCGGCCGGACCUCAACGGCCGUCUGGGAGAGAUUGUUGACUGGGACGACACCGAACAGCGCUGGAAGGUGUUGCUGGACGAUGGAGUGGGAAAGCUUCUGAAGCCAGCCAACCUGGUGCAGUGUCUCACCUUCGAGCCCGGCGCACGGGUGCGCGUGAAGGGUCUCAAGGCGAGGCCGGAGAUCAAUGGUUGCGCGGGCUCCGUGGUGGACUGGGACGAGGAUGAGUGCCGGUGGAAGGUGCACAUGGACGAUGGCAGCGGGAAGCUGCUGAAGCCGGAGAACUUGGAGCCUGAGAGCCUGCGGCCGGACAGCCCUGCUUCGUCACAAGCUGCGCGAUCUGCGCAAGCUGCCGAGGAAGAGAGGCCGACGCUGGCGCCAAAGAUGCGCGUGCAAGUCCACGGGCUGCGCAUGCAGCGCGAACUCAACGGCCAAAUGGGCACCUUAGAAGCUUGGGAUGAGGAUCAGGAACGUUGGCAGGUGGUCAUGGACGAUGGGAGCGGAAAGCUGCUGAGGCCGGACAACCUCCAGCCAACAGAUGCAGCUCCGCCUGCUGCGGCCAAAGCGGCCGCAAGCCAGCCUGCUGAAAGGCUGUCUGGGCUCUACCCGGGCUGCCGGGUGAAGCUGCAAGAUCUGCAGCAGCAGCGGCACAUCAACGGCUGCUGCGGCACCGUGCUGGGCUGGGACCGCAUGGAGCAGCGCUGGCAGGUGCGGCUGGACGAGGGCGAGGGCCGCCUGCUGCGGCCGGAGAACCUGGAGCCGCUGCCUUCGGUGGCGCCCGGCGCCCGCGCCAGGCUGCGAGGCCUGCGGUCGGCACAGGAGUUGAAUGGUCUGCUGGGCGUGGUUCGGCGCUGGGAUGCCACGGAGGAGCGCUGGCAGGUGUUGAUGGACGGCGGCCUCUCCAAAAUGAUCAGGCCGGUCAAUCUGGAACUUCUGGAUGGGACAGAGAGGAUAGAUGAAUGCAGUCAGACGCCGGCUGAGUCAUCAGAGAAGCUGCUGGAAAAGCCGCCGGAGAGGCCGCUGGACAAGUUGCCGGAGAGGCCGCUGGAAAAGCCGCCAGAGAGGCCGCUGGAAAAGCCGCCCCAGAGGCCGCUGGAGAGGCCGUUGGAGACGCCGCGAGAAAGGAAGGAGGUGAGCGAGAAGGCGGCUGAGAGGCCGACUGAGAGGCCAACGUUCGCGCUGCUUCCGGGCUGCAGAGUGCAGGUUUCGGAGCUGCGCCGUGCGGAGUUGAACGGCGCGGAGGGCGCGCUGCUGGAGUGGGUGGAGCAGAUAGAGCGCUGGAAGGUAGUGCUGGAUGAUGGGUCUUCAUUGUUGCUUCGCUCCUGCAACCUGCGAGCCUUGAACCAUGGCUGGAACUCGGCCACGGCGCAGACCUGCGAGUGA